CUCAACUUCGACAACCAUAACCACCGCAGAAGCAGCGCCACCCCCCUGCUGUCUUCUGCUAUGAGCUAGCUCUUUGUCAAACUCCACGUUCGUCAUAACCGGCCAGUCAUGUCAUUCCUGUCGAAAGCGGCGGUCUCUCUUCUUGUCCUAGUCGCAACCGCGGUAUUCCUUCCAGUACUUCCCUUACGCAUCUUCAGCAGGGUGCUUCGCUUUAUUGGAUGGGUCAUCCAGAAGCGUACAAGGUCUCGCAGGGAAUACGUCAGAUCUCGCGUUCGUGCCGACGAAGAAGAAUUUCUGUCCAAACAAGUCAAGUCGUCGCCCCGGGUUCCUGCUGACGAUGACGAUUGGGAGAAGGUCGACAGCUCCUCCAUAGGCGCCGCUGGUGGCAGUAGUAAAGCACCUGGGAAUGGCAACAAAUGGGACGGGAUCAUUGGCUUUUUUCACCCGUACUGUAAUGCAGGUGGCGGAGGAGAGCGUGUUCUCUGGGAGGCCGUACGAGCUACCCAGAAACGCUGGCCAAAAGCGAUCUGCGUCAUAUACACCGGAGACGCCAAUGUCGGUAAGGCGGCGAUGCUGGAGAGAGUUGAGGUAGGACAUCAUUUUCUUCCACGAUUCUGGAAUGGCGUUGGUUGCUCUGGGUCUAACAACAACCCCGUUCCAAACUCUCCAGACCCGAUUUAACAUCAAGCUUCAUGCGCCGACUGUCGUCCUCCUUUAUUUAUCUACACGCAAGUAUGUGGACAGUAACAGAUAUCCGCAUUUAACACUCCUUGGACAAUCACUGGGAUCGCUGGUGGUUGCAUACGAUGCAUUCAACCUCCUUGUGCCGGACGUAUUCAUCGACACCAUGGGCUACGCAUUUACCCUUGCCUUCUGCAAACUUCUUUUUCCGGACGUUUCAACCGGAGCAUACGUUCACUAUCCCACGAUAUCGACAGAUAUGCUCGAAUCUCUCGACGACCAGAGUGGUCGGAAGGGGACCAACGCUGGCGCUGGUCAAGGGGUCAAGGGCCAGCUUAAGCGAAAGUACUGGCUCGCUUUCGCCCGGCUUUAUGGAUGGGUUGGAGGGUACAUUGACGUGGUUAUGUGUAAUUCCUCCUGGACGUCUGGACAUAUUCGAUCUCUCUGGGAUCCCUGGCGGGCAGAUCGAAAGUACAAGGAGCCGACGGUUGUCUUCCCACCCACUGCAGUGUUGGAGCUGGAAUCCUCCAUUGCAGUAGACGCAGAUAGUGAAGAAUCUCGUCAACCGACCAUCCUCUACAUUGCGCAAUUCCGUCCCGAAAAGAACCACCCGCUGAUCUUGCGGUCCUUCGCCCGCUUCCUCAACGAAAACAGGAAAAGCCCUGCUGCAUCAUCGCGACCACCCCCGAAACUUAUCCUCAUUGGAUCUGUUCGUCACUCGAGCCCCGACGAGACUCACAUCUACAACCUCCGUCUCCUGGCACACGAACUCCACAUCCGCGACGAAACUGUCUUCCUCUGCGACGCUCCCUGGCCAACCGUCCUUUCCCAUCUGUCUACGGCAUCAAUCGGUGCCAAUGCCAUGUGGAAUGAGCACUUUGGUAUCUGCGUAGUUGAGUACCAAGCUGCUGGCCUGAUCAGUGUCGUCCAUGACUCCGGUGGGCCGCGCGAGGAUAUCGUCGUCGACCUUGGUGACGGCGCAACUGGUUUCCGCGCCACUACGGAAGAUGAAUUUGCGGCUGCCUUUGAAGCGGCUCUUGCUCUACCACGGGAGGAGAGGAUCGCAAUGCGUCAACGUGCCAGGACAUCCGCCCGUCGGUUCACAGAGGAGGAGUUCUCACGCAAGUGGAUCGAACAAGUUGAGAGACUUGUAGGUAUGCUGAACAAGCAGCCACUAGACACGGCAUGAAUCUCAUAAUGAGGUUCAAUAGUAGUAAUAAUAAUCGCCUUUGAUGCUCCUCGCCGCUUUUUUGUCCCUGUUGGAUAUAUAUACAAUACAACUAACCAAACCCAACCCAACCAUACUUGGACUGAAUCAGGAUAUCAUCAGUAAAUACCAUUAGAUCGGAUCUUGCAUGUGAUUUGUUUUAUCCAUUUGUCCUCUGUUUAUCUCUGCUGUGGCUAUCGAUGAUCCUGUUCUCAUCGUUCAGGGAGGCUCAAGAGGUUUGUUUCCUCGUUCCGCUGUCUGUCAUUUUACUCGGCAUCAUUUUCAUCAUACCUUGUGUCGGCUCAGCUUUCUUCUCAUCUCAGUUCUAAUUUAAAUUGAACAGUUAACAACUAACAGAAUGAAUCUAUUACCCAUCUCCUUGAGA